AUGUUCUUUGAAACAACCUAUGUCCCAUCGCCUCAGCUAUCAGCCACGAGCACCGUUGAAGAAGAUGAAUUGAACCCUCCACCACUUUCACCUUCCGUUGGACCCGCUCAAGGCGACUCGUCUUGUGACGAAGGCAUGUCCGAUAGUCCCGUUGACCAUGUCAUUUUUGGGAUCGGCCAACAAACGGAAGAGUAUGGUCAUUUCUACGAGCAUAUUGACAAUUUACGAGAGACGACACGCCAAGUAUUACAAGCCAAGGUCCCUGAUCAUGCAGUGCGAAUUGAAUUGAUACCGAUCGAAUGGCACCGGCACAUUCACGAGCAAACGGAUCCUACCAUGGGCCGCAUCACUUUGAAAUCCAUACCAACCAUUCGACUCAUUGAAAACGAUUAUCUUGCCGACAUCUUGUUUUAUUUCUCCAAAGAACGGGGUCAAAGCAUCAUUGAUCAUGUCACCCAUUUAUUCAACACAUCCUAUCACAACUUUUUGGAGAAGCAUCCUGAUUUCGCGGGUAAAAUUGCGAUCAUUGGCUAUUCUUUGGGUGGUAUUAUCACCUAUGACAUCCUCUCGCAUCAACGUGAACCUUCCUCCCCUCAAGAAGAAGCUGAGUAUCGCAAGAUUGACGUCAAGUUUCCCAAAUUGGACUUUAAGCCCAAUUACUUUUUCGGCUUUGGAUCACCCCUUGGUGCCAUGCUUACCAUCAGAGGCCAAUCACCAAAGUAUUAUCACAUCGAUGAGGAUAUUGUCUUUGAAAAUGUCUUCCAUCCAUUUGAUCCAUUGGCAUAUCGAUUUGAGCCAUUGUUGGAGGAUUCAUAUACAGAGGAACCUGCCGUACUUGUGGAUCGCUCGGUGCCAAUAGGACCCACAUUUUCAUUCCCAUCCAUUCCAUCUUUACCUGGUGCUAGCAUUUUUUCAUUCUUUUCAUGGCGAGGAUGGUCUCAGCAACAGCAAGAACGACGUGAACAAGGAUUACCAGAGGAGAACUUGCAAGAUACAGCGGAGGGGAUCCAACGUGGUGAACCUAUGCUUGCUGAAAGUAGACAACAACAACCACAGCAACAAUCAGACUUGGAUACCAACAACACCAGUGAUCAAGCUCAACAGCAACAACAAGAAGAGACCAAUCGUUUCAUAUCAUCCGUCAAUGCCAUGUUUCAAUAUUUCUCUUCCUCUCCAUCAAACAAGACCUUGAAUGGAGAUGAUGAAGAACGUAUUCCUAGCAAUGAACCAGGCAUCAUUACGUGGGACCCGCUCAAAGACCAAAUUAGGAAUAUACCACCAUCAUCACUUGAAGAUCAUCAUCAUCUUCACCACUCGCAGCAACCGCAGUUAGCCAGCAAUGAGUAUGAUGACCGAUCCAAAUCAGCAGAUCAGCUCAACGCAGCAGCUAAAAAACAGCGCCCAGUAAUGAGAACUCGAUCCAUGACAUUCGAUCAAGCGUAUCCCAAGAUCCAUAACAAGCGUUACAUGGAUAAGCACAUGGAGACGGCUGAUAAUAAUGUGGCGGCGGUGCCUGAUAAGAAGGCUAAGCAUUUGGUGGAAGUCUUGGGCAUUGAUGGCGUACGAAUGGAAUCAUUUGAACGGGCAAAACAAAACUUUCGACCCGCUAGCACUGAAACAACACCUGAUAUUGUCAUUGAUGAUCCACAGAAGAAGCCGUCAACGGAUAAUGAAGAUAAUGGAGAGCAACAACAACAAACAUCAUCAUCAUCCAAUAUGGAAGAAGGGGAGGAAGGAGAAGAAGAAUCACAAUCUCAACGGCAAGAACAAGACCAGCCGCCGCCACAUGCCAAAUUACCAGGUGGACGACGCAUCGAUCAUGUAUUACAACCAGAAAGCUUUAUGAGCAUGAUUGCCAAUGAAUACUUGGUGGGAUUGAGAGCUCAUUUUUCAUAUUGGACAAACAAGGAUUUGUUAUGGCACAUUGUUCGACGUCUUGAAGAUUUACAAGAAGCUACGGCAGAUACAAGUAGCAGCAAAGAACAAAAGUCUGUAUAG